ACUACUUCUACUAAGGAGAGGAGACUCAUAUCAAAUCAUAUCCUCUUCUAUGUCUGAGCUCUAAAAGACUCUAAAGCUUAAAGCUUUGCUUUGUCACUUGUUAAUGGUUUUGUUCUUCUUCUUGUUGAGUCUCAAGGCCAAUGUAGGAGUGUGAAAUCUGGCGAAUCAGGUUGGUUUUUCAACACUGUUUGUGUGGCUUGAAUUGUCUCUUUGAUAGUAAAUUUCUAGAUUUUGAUGUCAGUUUUUUUAUUAGUUUGGAGUAUUUUUUAUGUUUUGUUCUUUAAAAGACAGAUAUAGAAUAUGUAUAAGAACCAACUGCAGGAGAUAGCACAGAGAAGCUGUUUCAAUCUACCUUCCUAUACUUGCAUCAGACAAGGCGUUGACCAUGCACCAAGAUUCAAAGCUUCUGUCAAUUUCAAUGGCGAGAUCUUCGAAAGCCCAAACUAUUGCCCCACGCUGAGGCAAGCCGAGCACGCGGCUGCCGAAGUGGCCCUCAAUGUCUUGUCCACCAGAGGCCCUUCGAGGACUCUAACUGCAAGAGUUCUUGACGAGACUGGUAUUUACAAGAAUCUUCUGCAAGAAACUGCUCACAGAGCUGGGCUGAGGCUGCCUGUGUACACCACUGUGAGAUCAGGUCCUGGCCAUGUACCAACUUUUGCUUGUACUGUGGAGCUUGCUGGUAUGACUUUCACUGGUGAAUCUGCCAAAACCAAGAAGCAAGCUGAGAAGAAUGCUGCUAUUGCAGCCUGGUCUGCUUUGAACCAAAUGCCGAAAUUGGGUUCGUUGACAACCAAACAAGACAGUCAUGAAGAACAAGCGAAUGUGACGAGAGUUCUCUCGAGUUUUAGACCCAAAGAUGAUGGAAAACAAGUGAGGAAGAGAGAUCCAAACCCACCAAAGAAAAUCUUUAAAGGUCAUCAUAGGGACAACAAUAUUGGCUCUUCUUCUUCAUCUUCUUCAUCAUCAAGCUCAAAUAUUUAUUCCCAAGAUGAGAGAUUGAAGCUCAUGGAGAUGAUAAAGGAGUUGAGUCAAGAAGAUUCAAUACUUAAAUAUAACACCUUUGCUUCUCUUCUUCCUCCACCUCCGCCAAGAACAGUUUCAAAGAUCUUACCCCCAACAACUAGGCCAAUCCCAGUUCAAGUAAGAAGCAGAUCAUCACCAUACUUGAUUCAAACUCCAUUGGAAGACCACCAUAAGAAAGAUGAGGAACAAUGGCUUGGCACAAAACCAAGUGUUAUUAAACCAUGUCAUCAUCCACUGUCAUCAAAUCUCAAUCCUUAUACUACAACAACAACAUCAUCAGCAUCAGCAUCAUCAGGAAUUAAGUCAAGUCACCUAUCAAGAACCAUGUUCAGUGGUCAGUCUCGUCCUCACAGAAUAGCCCCAGCAGUUCAAAUAAGGUCAGUGAUACCAGUCUGUGCAGCAGCACCAGUAACAAACUCAGCUACCACUACUACAAAACCAGGAGCAGAAGAGGUCUCAUCAUCAUCAGUUGCUACUACUGCUUCUGCUAAGUUCAAUAAACCACAGUUUAGUCUGCUUGGUUCCGAGUUCAACAAGUUACAAUUAUGAGAUUAUAUAUCUAAAAACAACCUCGUAAUAAAGAUUUUUCUUCAUGGUU